AAUUUACUAAAAUAAACUACGUCGGGUCAACAUUUCAUUGACCCACACCAAGAUCCUACCAAACAGGAGUUACACUUUUGCCACACCGAAAACUUAUGUAUAUCUCAUAUAUAUACAACGAAGAAAGCUAUCCCACAUCUAAGAAUACGCAUAACUAUUCUUCCAUAUUCAAGACAAUGGCUUUUUCUUACGUCAAAAGAAACAUUUUUUCAAUUCUUCCUAUUCUCGUUCUUCUAUCAAUCACCCCAUUGUCUUCAUCUUUCUCUCCGAAUGACAAAGUCACAAAAGAAUUAGUUAACCAGCUCUGCUCGCAGCCGACAAUUUACAAGCACUUCUGCGUCGCUUGGCUGAACUCUGACCCAAAAACGUUCACCCUCGACUUACACGGUCUUAUGGGUAUGGUCAUCGAAAAGACGGAAUUGUUAGGGUACAAGAACCUAGCGAUGAUGAAAGGCUUAGCGAGAACAACGACUGAUCCGAAUCUCAAGAUCCCAUACGGGUCUUGCGUGACAGAUUAUGAAUCAUCCAUUAAAGCGAUCGAGGGAGCUAAAGGGUUUGCGAGCUCUAAGGAGUACCUGUUAGCAACUAAGGCUACUUUUGAAGCCUUUAAUACUAUAUCUGAUUGCGAAGCUCUGCUUGAACAACAGCCAAUUCCGGCUUAUGUUUCGCCACGCAAUUUGAUGUUUGAAAGAAUGUGUAACAUUGAUACGGUUUUCACCAACCUUUUGGCGUCUUGAUUCUUUAUGUUUUCUUCACCUUCACCUGCAAGAUGGCAAAACUUUAAAAUGUCAUUAACUCUGGUGUAGUAACGUUCAAACCAAUAAAUGAACAAA